AUAGAACCCCAAGAGAAAUUUCCACACUAGUCUCUUUUCAAUUUUUUAAAGUUUUGUGUUGGCGCCAGUAUACUAGUCUAACUAAGUACGCCGUCGCCCGGAAGCUCCUGUUGGGGGCGGAGGCGCUAGGAAUCUCUCUCCUGGCGGCUGGUACAGCUAGCGGUUGAGAUUUUUUACUAAGUCAUACUUUGCUGCUUCUUGUACAGUUUUACAAUUGCAAACAGAAAUAAAAAAAGAUGGCCGACGCGCGGGGGCAAAACAAAAACAGCUACUUUCAGGUGCAGCUGGUUCCUUCCGGCACCGACCUGCUGCAGCAACUUUCCCCACAGGAUGCGGAGAUUCUGAAGCAGCGGCUGGCGCAGUCCUACCUCCGCGCGCCCAAACUGUCCGCCGCGACGGGGGCCUCGGGUUCCAUUGGUGCCGGGUCGUCCGAUCUUCUUGGGGGAACAGCUACAAGCGGUGGUGCCGGCGCAAGGGCGGGCACGUCGAGAAUGAUGGGUGGUGGGCCACUUCCGGGGGGACUCGCAGCAGGAACGGCGAGCAGCCUGCAGACCAUUUCCGGCGACCACAUGCGGGCCCUGAUGUCUUCCGGGGCUACUUCCUCCGGGGGUCCUCUUAACGCGGAGCACGAGGAGCGGUCGCAGGAGUCGUUGUUGCUCUUCCAGAUGCAGCGGCGGCUGCAGGAAGACAUCAAAAUUAUCGACGGCGAGCGCAAGGAGCUCGAAUCCGAGAAGCAGCAGUGGCGCCUGGAGCUGAGCUCCACCACCCUUGGGCAACACACCGACAAUCUCUCCGUCAUCAAGAAGCUGCGCAACGAGAACACUCUCCUCCGGGAGAAGGUCGGGGCGAGUCUGUCGGUUCUGGGGAAAUUUCAGUCGGAAUUUAUGGAUUUUGCGACCGAAAAGUUGCUCGCGAAAGAGUACGGGGAUUUCGAAUCCGAGGCGAAGGUGCGAACCCUAUAUGAAACGCUGUCCAAAAUGAUGGAGGCACUGAGUGGCAUGAGCGAGAAGGUGCCAAUUACCGAAAUCACGGCGGAGGAGCUGAAACAGGCGGAAUACCUGGACAUGAAACAAAAGCAAGAGCAGUUGCACCAACAGGUCGUGCACGGAGAGAAAGGUCUGCACGGGGAGAAUAGUGGCAAACAAGGUGGGAAGAAGGGGGGUAAGGAGAACAACGGCGGCGCGCAAGUGACUUCCGAAAAGCAGGACUUGCACAGUAAAGUCCGGAAAAAGAUGGAAGACGACAGUCACUUAACCGGGGUGGAACUCCCGAAGCUGCAGUCGUUAGAAAAAACCGCCGGCAACAAGAAAAAAGCGGGUGCAAGCGGAGCGGCGCCGAAAAAGAAAGCGGGUGCGACAGGUGGUGCAGCCGCUGGGGGGAAGAAAACAAAAGCGGACAGCGCACCAGCCGGAGCCGAUGGUUCUGGCAAUAAUAAUUCCGCCGAACAAGGUGCGGCUGGCGAGAUGUUGAACAGCGCAAACGAUAGCGGGGAACAACAGCAAAACGAAGACGCAAACGGCCAGAAUGGAGCCGGCACAACCAGUGCCGCGCAACGAAAGCUGAGCUUGCUGCAGACCUUCCGGAAAAAAGCUUCCACCGCGGGGAAGUUAGCGCUCGCGGUGCAGGGCAUGCAGAAGACGGACAAGCAAAAGGAAGAGUUGGAGAAGGAACUGCGGGAGCAGGCAGCCUUAAAAAUGACGACCACUGGUAACCAGGCUGGUGGCCUUCUCGCCGAGGAGCCUGCGAAGCCGCAGAUGCCGCAAAAAGUGAAUUUUCGGUUCGCACCUUUGUUGUUAUCGUUUCAACAGCAGAGCAAACUAAACCGGAGCAAACAGAAGGCUGGUGGGGGGUUGUUCACGGUCGACGGAUAUCAAAUGCAAAUAUGUCUGGGUCUGGGAGAUUGCGAGAUUUGUCAUGCUAGUCCGGCACGACUCUGAACUUUGUAUUGCGUGGCCGCGUACUACAGCUCCUCUUGUGUGUCAUGGAAAAACGCAAUUUCUCAUGCGGAGUUCGCAACUCAGAACCACGGGAAAACUUGUCAUGCUGGGCAGCGCAUCACAGUGCGCUCACUCUUCCCUUUCUUGCAUCACAACUUUCAAAGAGCCCAGAGAUAUUUGCAAUGGAUAACGGCGCUGACACCACUGUUCUCGACAUCGCCCAGACCGAGCAGGAAAUCGCGCUUCUGAAGGAACAGACGUGCACGUUCCCUCACUUGCUGAAAGCACUCACGACUCCCGAGAACAACGCUACUUCUCAUGCCAGUUCGAAUCUCACCGGCGCCACCGCCAUUGCGCAGUUACUCCAGCAGCAGCAAAAUAUGCAACUACACAGCAACAAGCAAACCUUUUCCGAGGAGUCCGCGAAGAUGCUGGCGUACGUGCAGGAGUUGCCGGAAUUGAAGCAGCCGCUGCAGGAGUUCACGGAAACUUUGUUGAAAGAACUGAACGAGGUGAACGACUACUACCUGCAACUCCGCGCCUUUUCCGUGAACGCGGAAAAAUACUACAAAUGGCGGGCAAUGUAUGGAAGCGUCAGGAUCGAAAUCGACACAGCUGAGAUACUUUGUGAUGCAUAAAACAGAUACCAGUUGGUGCCCAGUUUCCAGGUGGCGCAUGACAAAUUUGGGUAGAACCUCAAUCCAGUUUGUCAUGCUGUUUGGGUAAGGAGGACGCCUUUUGUCAUGCUACUUCACCAGCUCUAUUUCUACCCCUCAAGAACAGGCCUACAGCGACAACCUGCCUCACUUGCCUAUUUUGCAAGACAGGGAUUUUGUGGCUUGCAUUUUAUGCAUUACAAGUUUUUCAACUUUGCUGAUUGCGAUCCUGACGCUUCCAUACAAUGUUCCAGGUGUUGCUGUAUGAGAAAAAACGCAGGAACGCGCAGAAUGAGCAGGAGAAAUUGAAGGAAAAGCUCCGGAAAAACACGGAGGAAGUGACACGGAAUCUCCAGGCGGAAUUGGGGGAGGCAAAGGAAAAAUUGCACUACUUGGACCAGUACUGCGGGUGGCUGCUGAAAACGAAGAACGAGGCGGAACAACUGGCGGUGGUGUCGCAGCAACAGAAUGCUGUUCCUUCUUCUACAGGUGUCAGUGCUAGUAACGGGCAGAUGAACAAGCAGACUUCAGCUGCAUCUACAACCUCUGAGAAGUCCACGUUCCUCUACAACCCGGAAGACCGUGUCAGUAAAUUAGUCGGAAAUAAUUACAAUACGGGCACCGGCACCAGCUCUAGCAACACAACUCUGGGCACUGCUGUUGUUGCAGCUGGUGUUAUGACAAACGCGAUUUCUGACACAACACCCGUACAACAGCAGGAAUUAGACGUGAUCGAAAAAAUCUCCCUCGUCGACUUCAUCCAGUCGCUCCACACCGGCAAGAAGGAUAACAACACACAACAAGGCACCCUAGCGAACAAAUUUGGCUUAUCUGUCCCGGCCAAACUGGAUUACCCCUCGAUCCACAAUGCGUUUAUCCCCGCGAAUUACCUCCAAAACGAGGAUGGAUCAUUAAAAAACGGGAAGGAGAACAUAAAGGAGAACCAGCAAAAGGACAUCGUUAUGGUGACGAACGGGCAAGACGUAUCAAUUGUAAAAAUGUCUGGGUCUGGAAGGUUGUAACUUGUGAUGCUAACUUUGGACUCUAAAAAAAUCUGUAUUGCGUGACCAGCAAGAGGAGUCUAGUUUCUUGUGCUAGAUGGGGAGGGCAUUUGUCAUGCGGAAUAGGCAUCAAGAUGCCCUCAAAAAAUCUGUGAUGCUAGGUCGUGCAUUACAGACAUCCUGGGUCAUGCAAAAUAUGCAUGACAAACCCUGCAACAUUCCAGACCAAGACAUUUUUGCAUUUGAUAAGACGGGCAGUGCUACCACUUACCGGCGUUCAAAACCUCGAUCCAGUGGGAAUAUGAGUUAAGCAUGGAAAAGCAACGGUGUAAAAAGUUGGAGCAGAUUGUGACGACGAUUGAGCUCCAGAUGGACCAGUUUGUGAAUUUGUUGAAGAAAAACUGCGUCAAUGUGUGUGAUUUGUUAUACCGGGAGCGGCAGGAGGUGGUCCGGAGAUUGGAACGAAAAUGGCCGAUCAAGUACCAUGAGUUGGCAACCGCGGAAGAUUUGCUUGCGGUGUUGCUUGGAACGAGUGAUUUUAGCGGGACGUCAACGUCGGCGGCGGUUGGUGGAUCAUCUCCGUCUGUCGCGGCGAUUCAAGCAGGACCUGCGACGAUGGAUGUGAAGAGCAACAAUCGGGUCGUGCAACAAGCACAGCAACAGCAGCUGCAGAAAAUGGCACCUUCGCGCUUGUUUGGGGAGGAGAGCCAGCAGUAUGCGAGCCAAACGGUCAACAUGAACUUCGUACCGCUGCAACCAGUGGAGGAGGAAGGAAGUGAGCCUCUUGUUCUCGCCGGCAAAGCCGGUAAUGCAAUUAAAGCGGGAUCUACAACUUCCGCUCCUGCUCCUGGGUCCCUUCGAGCGGCCAACGCAGCCGCGGCUGCAGGAACAACUACGACAAAUGUCUCGGCGCAGAAAGAACAGAUGCAGCUAUCGGAGCAUGAGCUGCAGAUCCAGCAGAUUCUCCUGGAGAACAACUUGCCACAGGAUGGUGCAAGAACCGCAUCGUCCCAAGCCCUCGCCAUAAACCAGCAAACCCCGCCGAAGCCUUACCCCGAGCCGAUUCGCUCGAAAGAAAACUACCUGCAGAAUAACGCGCAACUAGCCGCGACAGGAGCGUUGAAGGCGAAGCAGGGAAAACUGCCGGCGAGUGGGUUUUUGCAGCAGGGAGGUGCCGGGGGUGGAGUUACAGCGACUUCACCGCGCAGCAGUCCAGGUGCUGCUGCGGCCGCGGCCGCGGCAGUCUCUUCUGAAGUGUUGACUACAAAUGUAGCUCCUGCUGUUCCACCCAGUUCCACCACUGAUGCUGCCUUCGAAAUCGAGCAGCCCACGAAGGAGCAGGUGCAACAGAUUGAGUAUCUCCGGAAGUUGGAAUUCUCCCAGAUGAAAGACCACACGCAGAUUAUCAAAUGCAAAAAUGUCUGGGUCUGGAAGAGUGCAAGUUUGUCAUGCUUGUCUGGCAUGACUCGAGCAUCUGUGUUGCAUAGGCACGAAAAGGCCCUCUUGCCUGUCAUGCAAAAACGCAGUUUGCCAUGCGGAAUACGUAAGACAUUGGAGCCAAAAAAUUUGUCAUGCAUAGCUGCGUAUUGCAGUGCGUCUACCAUUGACUUUUAGCAUUACAAGUUUCCAGACCCAGACAUAUUUGCAAUCCAUACAGAUGCUGCACGCGCAACACAACCAGAACGCGAACUUGCUGCAGCCGAUGAACUUGCACCGCGCUCUGGCGAACAUUCAGUCCAAAGAGCUGUUUGGGAUCGCCGAUUCCGCACUGUCGAUCCCAACGGCUGAGGAACUAGAGCAGAUGCAAAAAAUCCGGGAUUUGCACCCAACUCCAUUACUGGCUGGCACGAUCGUGUCGGCGUCUUCCGAAAAAGACACGACGACGACUGCAAAGGAUGCUGCGAGCGCAACGCUGCGGCAAUCCGUCACGGAAACCAUUCCGAAAGAGGAGGACAAAACGGAGUCGGAAGACAGCCACUAUGGGGAACUGACGGUGGCGGAAAGAAACCGGAAGCAGCAGCUGAAGUCGGUACGGAAAUCUGCCGCAAUGGCGGCGCAGGAAGGAGAAUCGGUUGCGGGGAUUCUGGGCAGGAGAUCGUCGCGGGGGAGUGUUGUAGCGGGGAAAAUAUCAAACGUGGUGAGCAGCGGUAAUGGUCCGGCUGACGGUUUAUAUCCUUUGUCCCAGCAAACCAUUGCACCAGAUGAAGACGACAAAAAUGCGGACGACGACGCCGAUCAGAAGCAAUUCCAAAUAUUCAACGUCGACGAGGCCAUCGACAAGGAGAAACACAAGAGACUCUCGAAACAGGUGGUAGAUAUCACGAAAGAAGAAGAUGCAGCUGACGUCGAAGCACCAGAUUCAUUAGCACCAGGUGCUGGUGGUGCCAAGGGCGUGAAAAUCAAUCUUGCAGGGGAGGAAGCCACGGAAGAAAUCUCUUUCCCGAGUAGUUCUGCCCCCGCUGUGGGGACUACUUCUUCGCUAGUACUACCUUCGAAUGCUAUCAGCAGUUCCUCCGCAAGAGAGGAGCACGACAAUUAUUCGGCGGCUCUGACUGAAACCGAGAAGCAAGCGCGAAAAACGUUCAUGCAGGAUGUUUACAUGACGGUUGCGCAUUCAGAUUUCUUGAGUCUGGACGACGACGAGGAUGAAAAUGCGGAUGACAACGGUGAUAUCACAAAAAGCCAGCAUAACGCCACGAUCGCCGCUGUGUCCAACACGAUCCGGGAAUCAUUAGUGAAAGAAAUAAACUCGGAGGCGCGUAAAUCCAGUAAAGAGGUCCUCAACCGCUCUGAAGGGGCGAUCAGCAGCUCCGGGGUAAGGAUCAGCUACGGGGCGGCGCAGCAGUUGUUGGAUUUGAAAGAGAGUAAAAUCGGAGAGGAAAACGCUUUGUCUGGCCUAAGCUCGAGUUUGCAGAACGAUUUGCAAUUAAGUGAUGUUUCCUCGAAGAAGAUGGCGGAGGCGGAGGAAAAAAUCUACGAUAAGGACAAAAAACGAGUGUCCUCCGGCGUGGGACACAGCAUGAACAAGAUGAACCUAGAAUCCGACGGAAACAGGACAGUUCUUGCAGGAGGUGGUCAAGACGACGAUAAUGCUGCUGCUAAUAAUGCAGUAUUGACGGACGCAGCGAGCAGUAACGCGUCGAAGAGAUCUUCGGUGAAAUUCAAUAUGGAGCAUAUCCAGGAUGAGAUGGAGUACGUACAGGAGGCAGAUUUGGACCUGAAGGACCAACUCGCGGUCGCUUCGUCCAUUUCAGCUGCGAAGAACAAUAAUCCGCGAGACAGUGUCGGCGCCGAGGACGCAACGAGAAAAAGCACCAAAAACAUCUACACUUUGACCAACGUGGCGAUGACUGGGGCUGUAUGGAUUGCAAAUAUGUCUGGGUCUGGAAGAGUGUAACUUGUCAUGCUAAAUCUGAAUCACGCAAAAAUCUGUGUUGCAUGAUUACCAAAUGCUGCCCACUUUUGAUCAAGUUUAGAGGCAGUUUCUCAUGCAAGAGCGGCAUGAUAGAGGUCUCACAGAACCUGUCAUGCUAGGCCGUGCAUGACAGACCGCGUGGGUCAUGGAAAACCUGCAUGACAAACCUACCAAUCUUCCAGACCCAGACAUUUUUGCAAUGCAUAGGCUGCGCGCCUGGGAAAAAUCCGGGAGUGGAUGAACCAGCGCGCUUAUCAAUUGCAAAAAUGUCUGGGUCUGGAAGGAUCCGAACUUGUGAUGCGAAUUCUACAUCAUGAGAAAUUCUGUCAUGCAUGGCCAGCAAAAGGCCCGGCUUCUUGUUACCGAAAGAGGGGAUUUGUCAUGCGUAUUAGGCAUUGGGAGACCUGCUCGAAAUCUGUGAUGCUAGGGCGUGCAUGCCAGACAAUCCGGGUCAGGCAAAACUGCAUGACAAAUCUCGAAUUCUUCCAGACCCAGAACUUUUUGCAUUUGAUAGCGCCCAUUCGGUUGCAGAAUCUGCGAGAGAGUUGAGUCCGAGAGUCAUCGAAGCGGUGUCGGAUGAGUCGAAAAAGAUCUACGAUGCUGUCACUGAUCUAGCCGGGAGUGCGGGCGCUGCGGUUUCUGCCGCGGCUGGCAGUUCUUCUACGGAUCAAAAGACAGAUGGUAAAGAUGCAGGCGAAUUCGCCGACAUGCUCGACUACAAUACCGACGAAGCAGCUGCAUCAUCCGCUGACCCCGAAACCGCCGCGCAGCAAAAGCAGAGAGGCCCGAGCAAGAGAGACAUUCUGCUCGCGAAGCAACUGUCCCAAGUGAUUGAAUCUCGGGAGAAAGAGGAGCAGAACCGCGGGCCGUCGGUCACGGAUGUGAAGAUCGCGGAGGAUUUGCAAAAGCAAAUCGCCGACCAACAGGAAGAACAGGAGAAAAGGGGACCUCAUGAUGAGGAUGUGGAGAUCGCAAAAUUGCUGAAACUCCAAAUCGAAGAGAAGGAGGAGGAAGAGAAGCGGGUUCUUGAAGAAAAGCACCGCGGGCCGUCUGUGCAAGACCAAGAAUUGGCACAAAAAUUUGCGGAACAGAUUGCCGCGAGGGAUUCCGCCGCGGAGAGGUUGCCCGGUGAAUCAACUUUAAAUACGACCUCCGCUGACUUGGCUGCAAAGUCCCUAUCCGUGAAGAAAUCCCCCGCUCUGGAGAAAUUCAAGAAAAACGUGAACAUUGUCACCAAAUCGUUAAAAACCGUGAAGCAAGCAGCGCAGUUACUGGACAAGUCGAAACUCCCCGACAUGGGGGAAGUCUCAGUCUUACGUGCGACGAAAUUGGUUUCGACCACGCCCUCGAAAUUCCAGGCGCUGAACACUUUUGUAAAGGUGAUUUUCGGCACCGAGGAGAAACACACGCAUGUCAUCCCGAACACCGCAAAUCCGGAUUGGAAGAUGACUCUGAUGUUCCCGCACCCAGGGGCCAGUGAGGUGGUGUUUGAAGUUUGGGAAAGCCCGCUGUAUUUCUCGAAGGAUAAUGAGGGAACCGCAGCACCAGAAAACGCAGACGAGAACAAAAAAUCAUCCCCGUUGGAACUGAUGCGCGACAGCUUCGUGCAGGAGAAGUUAAUCGGGUCUUGCAAACUCAAAGUCCGGAAAGAUUCCUCCGGCGCGUUUUUGAAACGGGCGAAACAGGUGGUUUUGAAAGUGGUUAACGAGGAAUCGGGCGGAGAAAUGGGGGAGAUCGUGGUCGAGUGGGAACGACAUAAAGAAGUUUCGGAGGACAUGUUGGACGCUUUACAUGACAACGUUCAUUUGAAAAACGCGGAAAACGGAAUUCAGACGCACGGGAAAAAACCGAGAACUUCACAGACCACUGCAGCUGAUGGUGAGAAAGACAAAGCCACUGCAGAACAACCCACCGUUCCUCCCACACAACAACCUGAGGUUGUCGACCACCACCACAAUCUGUUUCAAAAUUGGGUCCGCUUCCUUGCAGUCCUCCCACUAGAAUCCGACGACGCCGAUGAGAAAAAGCGGGAUGCAAUUUUCAAGAAACUUGCGACGAAGAAUUCUGAAGUGAAACCGAAUGGGGACUUGUCGGAUAGGGACGAUAACUACCAUUCCGGGUCGGAGGAUGAAGACGAUUUGAUCCUGAAACGGGAAGACGUCGUGAAACUGCCGCAAAUCAUGAAUUUCCGACUGGAAUUACCAUUGGGGAACGAAACUUUGUUCGCGGCAUUCGACCACGCGGCCGAGGAGUUUGGUUUCAAUGAAAGUGGGAAUGACGAGGAUGAUAUCGACGAACUGCGGUAUGACGGGUUCUACGCGUUGUUGUUCUAUUUGUACGACGCCUCGCAGUUGUUCUACGAGAUUAAAGUCCGGAACGUCCACGAGCAGAACGUGAAAACGAAUACGGAAAAUUCUGCUAUGGACACUUCAACUUCCGACGACGAUUUCAUCCUGAUCCCUGACGCUUUUGACGACAAGAUCGACAUGAAUUUGUUUAAAAAACUGCUCGCGACGUUUCGAAAUUGGGGCUUGCCGACGGAUGAUGAGCACGCGGAAAUCUUCUUCGCGGAUUUACACCCCGUCGGGGUCGACUUAGCGCAUCAAACCGUAACUUUGUCCGAGGCGAUUAAGUGGGCUUUGGAGCAGGGAGAUGACUGCCAAGUGAGCAGGAAAUCUGCUGUCACCGGGAACGACGGGAAGCAACACCCAAUUUUCCAGCGGGCGAAGAAAAGGCACAGGGGGAGACGGGGCGGGAAACGGGCGCGGAAUAGGCGGAAAAAUCAGCAGGGGAAGUGGGUGAAAGUCACGGAUGAACAGGGGAAAGCGGUCGUCGGUUGA